AUGCGUAUCGUUGGCCACAAUCGGGCGGUGUUUAGCCAAUACUACGCCGACAUUAUCACCGAAUUGGUGCCCGAUUUGACCGCCUGCAUCACAUCCGCGGUUACCGAUCAACACAUCCACGAAGACAUAUUGAUGGCAACGAUAAGCGACAGCGCAUUAGCGGCCAAACGCGGCGCCCAAUUGUGGGACAACAGUCCCGACUCUCUAUUACAUACUUGUGUCCGAUAUGUGCUCAGAGAGGGCUUACGGCCCAUGUCUUUGCCGCGAGAGAUCUGUGAUCUACUCAUUCAUGUCUAUCGCGAGACACAUAUGAAUGACAGCGAACUCAUGACCGACUCGUUGUCAAAGUUUUUGUCCCAAUUUCGGGCCAAUAAUAGCCGCGUAUGUUUGGCCAACUUUGCCGACCUGUCCAUCAAUGACGAGACACUGGUAUCGUUUCUUAAAGAGCACUCGAAGUCCAUCACAUACUUGGAUGUGUCCAACUGUCGGCAGCUGACGAGUCGGGCCCUAACGCUCAUCAAUACAGCGCUGACCCGUGUUGUAGACCCGUGUCAUCCGUCGCCCCUCCGGACACUCAUUAUUGGCCGCUCAGCGCAUAUACUGUCCGACUUUGAGAAGUUGUCAUCCAAUAGUUAUCUCAUUAACUCAUUGCUAGCAAUACGUAAACUAGUGAUACACGAGUGGAACCCAAUCGACGCGUCCGCCCCUUAUCUCAAGUAUUUAAUUAACUCUGAAAUGGAGCACUCAUUACAGCACUUGGACUUAAGUAAUGGCAGCGCAAUCGGUGACGGCUCACCACUGGAACAGUUGCGGUCAUUAAAAACAUUGAUUUUAUACAAUUGUCCGGAACUACAUCUGGCCAUCAAUAAUAUUGUAAAGAUAACGACUUUACGUUGUCUCGACAUCUCAGCGACUGAUGACCGCUGCGGACACGUAUAUGAAGAGCCUAACGAGCAGUUGGCACUUAUAGUGAACUCUUUGCCUGAAUUGACACGACUGGACAUAUCGGGCACUAAUCUCGCCGGUGAUCGCUGCGAAUAUAUCCGGGGAUUAGUUUCACGAAACGCAAAACCAUUUGACUAUUUAGGACUCUUUGAUACGGCCAAUGAGGCGGCCUAUAGGCGCACAAUACCCGCCCAUUCAGUUUCGGGCGACGCCACU